AUGCCCAACAGUAAGAAAAAAACAAUCGAAGAUCUUCAACAGCUGAACGAAAUCAGGAAGGAACACAUCAAAAGUCUCACGGAGAUAAUGGAGAUAAAAGAUCAGAAGUUCGAGAAUCUGGAGAAGAUGUAUCAAGGACAGGAGGAACGCUUGAAGAACUGGGAUCAACUCAUGAAGAAUAAAGACGAUAUGCUCGACAUCAACGAGAAGAUAAUCAACCGAUACAAGUUGGAGGCUGAGGCACAGGAAAAAAAGAUUGCUGCGCUGGAAGAGAUUAUCAACAAAUAUGGGCCGCCAAACGACACGAGCAUGGUUACAAUUAUGCUGUCCCACAUGAAGCUUGCUGAAAAAGUCGCCGAACAAGCAAAGCUGCUCGAAACUCUCUCCAAUAAUACAAUCGUGUUGGCUUCGGAUGUCGCCGAUAUCUAG